UUGUAUCUUCAUCAUUUCAUCCUCCGUCGGAAAAAGGAAAAUGAAAAUAAAAAUAACGUUUUUAUAUAUAGGGAGAGAAAACACAAGAUAAGCAGCAUACAAUAAACGGAAUCCACUUCGAAAAAACUUGGAACAAAUAAUCAAAAUUUGUUGAAAGAUUUUAUACGCCGCUUCACGCAAUCACAACCCUCCUUCUCUAUCGGUGCCUCCACCGCGCUCCUACCAAAUUAGGGGGGAAAAUAAAAAUAAUGUAUAUAUAUUUCUAAUUGUUAUUCUGCGCAGCUGAAUAUUCCCGAUUGCUUCUUAUCUGUUCUUGAAGAAAUUUGAACUUCUUCAGGUUUUUGUUUACUUGAAGCGGUGAUAUUCGGCUGCAUCGAACCCCAUAUUUGGUGGUCUGGAGGAUCAUCACAGGAAGCUGCAAGUUUCUAGUUUCAAAUCUUAAAUUCCUUCCAAAGUAGCCAAUUAAUAUCAACUGGUUUCUGCUGGAGUCAAGUUUAUGAUUUUCAAGGUUUCUAGUUUUCAGAUGUUGCUCCUGAUGAAAACAACUGUCUUUACUACCGCUGGAAUACUUCUAUAGUGUUGGGUCAUGUUGCUAUACCUCAACCAUAUUAAUCCAGAGCAUUUUUAACUUGGUUGUUUCUGAUUUCUGGUAAAUAAUAUUCAAUAGUUCCGGGUAUUUGACUAGUAUUGGUUCUCCGAGCACCCUUGUGCGUUGUAAUAAAGAGAAUUAACAUGCUGGCAGCUACCCAGAUCCACCCUGUUAUCAAUGUCUCCCAAAGAGGAAGCUUUAUCAAUUUAAGAAAUCCUGCAAACGUUGCAUCUUUGCGCUUCAGGUCCCUUGCUAGGAAAGUUGGUUUUGUUGAAGGAGCUAAGACCAUCAAGCUUUUAUCUUCUGUUCAAAAAAGGAAGCAUAUUUUUGUUUUGAAUACAGAUGGCCACCCAAGUGUCUCUAUGUCGGAAGAAGAAGAAGAAGAAACAAGUGAAGUACCCAUAUUGAAUCUUGAGUCAAGUACAUUCUUGAGUAAAUGGUCACCUCCUCGGUACUUAUGGAGAGGAUUGUCAGUUCUGAUUCUGGCGGGGCAGGUGAUUGUUAGAACCAUUAAGGGAAAGAUUCACUGGAAAAACACUCUUCAGCAGCUUGAAAGAGUUGGACCUAAAUCAGUUGGUGUCUGUCUCCUGACAGCCGCUUUUGUUGGCAUGGCCUUCACUAUCCAAUUUGUGAGGGAAUUCACCAGAUUAGGGCUGAACAGAUCCAUCGGUGGGGUUCUGGCCCUUGCUUUUUCAAGGGAGCUGAGUCCUGUGGUCACAUCAAUUGUUGUUGCUGGGCGUAUUGGAAGUGCCUUCGCUGCAGAGUUGGGGACAAUGCAAGUUUCAGAGCAAACUGACACAUUAAGAGUUCUUGGUGCAAAUCCCGUUGAUUAUCUGGUGACACCAAGAGUGCUGGCUUCAUGUAUCGCUCUUCCCUUCCUGACUCUAAUGUGUUUCACGGUAGGGAUGGCGUCAAGCGCCCUCUUAGCUGAUAGCGUUUAUGGCAUCAGCAUCAACAUAAUCUUAGAUUCUGCACAAAGAGCUCUCCAAGGGUGGGAUAUAAUCAGUGCAAUGAUCAAGUCAACGGUGUUUGGUUCUAUAAUAUCGAUAGUAAGCUGCGCAUGGGGUGUCACCACCUUGGAAGGUGCCAAGGGCGUUGGUGAGUCGACCACAUCAGCUGUCGUCGUCUCCCUUGUUGGGAUUUUCAUUGCGGAUUUUGCACUCUCUUGUUGCUUUUUCCAGGGAGCUGGAGAUUCGCUCAAGAAUUGUAUGUGAUUGAUUCAUAGAGCCUGCAACUUCAUAGAUUCUCUAGUCCAUAGCUCUACAUACCUUUUAUUGGUAGUGUAUGGAUACAAACACUUGAAAUUUCAAAGUGCCAUUUAGAAUUUGGAAGUCAAA